CUAAAGUUUCAAGUAUAUAUACCGGCCGGUGUUAGCAGGGUGUCAUACGGUACUGCACAACUGUGAUCAUGGCUUUCAAGGUUUUCGUCGCCGCUUGUCUGCUGGCUGUUGCCGCUGCUGCCCCGCAGUACGCAUACAAAUCCUACGCCCCUGCGCCUGCUCCGUACGAACCGAAACCCGCCCCCUACGAGCCCAAGCAGUACGAGCCCAAGCCGUACGAGCCCAAGCCGUACGCCCCAAAGCCCUACGCACCCAAAUACGAAGAGCCUGAGCCCGCCUACCCCAAGUACGCCUUUGAGUACUCCGUCCAUGACGACAGCACCUACGACAUCAAGAGCCAGAAGGAGGAGCGCGACGGAGACGUUGUCAAGGGAUACUACGAGCUGUACGAGCCUGACGGCUCCAAGAGGAUCGUCACCUACUCCGACGAAGGUCAUGGCUUCCAGGCUGUCGUGACCAAGGAGCCCGCCAAGGGAUACGCCGCCGCCCCUGCGUACCCUAAGCCAUCCUACCCUGCUCCUGCACCAUACAAGAAGUACUGAUUGGUCCCAUACGUCGACUACACCCAUUGUUACCAUUCUGUAUAUACUACAUUUCAUUAGUUGUUAUUUUUUAUACUUGCCAAAUAAACAGAAAACGUUCUUAUAUGUUA